CCCACCAAUCCGAGAGACCUGAGCUGACUGUAAUAAAAUGUACGCUCGCCAGACCUCACCUGAAGGGAAGAUUGGUCAUGGCGCCGUACUUCCACUCAUCAGUAUGAACAAAACUUCUUCAUCGAAUUUUUCAAUGCCUUUGCCGUUUUAAUUCCUUUUUCUGACCAUUUGCAACACACCGGAGGACGUUCCCGAUCUGGAAGCUUACAUUGAUAACUACUACUACAAUUUCACCAUGGUUAAGACCGAUAACCCCGCAACACAGCAGGAGAAUCCAACACCGACUUACUAACGACAGAUAUCGAGGUCUGCUAGCUACACACCUCCAGAACUUGUCCAGGCACCUGGGAACCGAACAUGCAGCAUCUCUAUGAAGAAAUGGAAACCCAACUGGUAUUUUGUUGUGAUCGGAAUUUUGAGCGGGCUCGUUGCCACACUGAUGGCACUCUUCAUUCGUGAGUUUGUCAACAACCAAGACUUGAGGACGAGUCUAGAGCAGAUGCAGCUUGCAGCGGACAACGCCGAUAAACUGCACAGAAUCAGUUUCUCCAAGCGGCUCGACUACAUCUGGGAUCUUUGUGACCGGUCCACGCUGCAGUGCUCCCGCUGCCUGCCGGGGUGGAAGGAGCACGCUUCCCGGUGCUUCUUCCUGUCCGACGUGGAUAAGGAAUGGGAAAAUGCUCGCAUCGAUUGCCUCCACCACAAGGGGGACCUAGCUAUGGUCCACAACGCGGAAGAUCAGGCGUUCCUGACGAACCUGACGUUCCAGUUUAAAAAGGCAAAUCCCGACACAAACUUCCACUCAGCGUGGAUCGGACUGCAGGACUUGGUCAAGGAAGGAAGCUUCUUCUGGGUCAAUGGAGACAAACUCAAACUUGAUGUCCGAUUCUGGAGACCUGGCAAGCCCAACAACUCCGUAGCUACCCGGGACACUGAGCAGGCCGGUCUGGACUGCGUGUCCAUUCUACCGCCGGAUGCGGCGGGACCUGAGGGCUGGAUGAACAGCUGGGAUGACAUUAGUUGUGCAGGGAAACGUCACUACAUCUGUGAGACUGAUGCUCUGAUUUUGGCCUAGGAUGGACGAAGUCCUGUUCUAAACCAGAGACAUGAAAGAACAUAUAUCAGAAAGACUGAAAUGUUGUGAGGGCAACAUCAGGCUGUGCGGCUGCGUUUGGUACUAAGAACAUGUCAAUCCUGGAAUAAAACCUUUUAGAAUUUGAAAAAGA